GGUUGGCACUAGCAAGGUUUUCACAUGGAAAAUUGAUGACAUUUUUGUGAACCAUAAUUCUUUGAGAGUUUGAUAUGACGCUCCCCUUGUAGCCAAUGUGUCUCUGAUUAGGAAACAAAGGCGUAUCGGUAUCAUUCGAGCAAGCAGAUAGCAUACCUGCAAUGGGACAGACUACACCACCACAAAAUUUGCAUGAGGAAUUCUGCGUCUGCAUCUCGGAAUACCACACUUUUUGAGUGUUCGCACAGGACACUAGUUGAGCUUAUUUAUUAGGCUUUCAGAAAAAAUUAUGCUCCCAGCCACAACAAAGUGCCAACUUGAGCACCAAACAGAGUACUAACUACAUCAAAUGGCUAGCUGGUCCUUUAACGGCAAUUGUAUGUACCAAGCCAAUCCAGGCCAAUCUAACGGCAUCUUCCUAAAUGGUUAAUAAUUCAACACAAAAUCAAAUGCCAGGCAAACUUAAAUGUUGUAUGGUAUAUAAAUAAUUGGAUCUCCAUAAUUUUAGCAUCUCAUUUUGGGGCAUAUGAAUGUCAUGAGUCCUGAACUCAAGGAUACCAAUCCCACAAGAAACUCAAUGCACAUAGGUAGCUUCUUAUAGUACCCUGAAGCCAUACAUUUGAAAUUUGCAAUCCAAAAGUGAAGCCUAGGCAUAUUGCUGCAUGCGCUUCUUCCCUCUGCAACUCAUAACCUUGCACAACAAUGGGCUCCUUAUGGAGCUUAAUUCAUUCCUAUCCAGAUGUCUGCAUAGCCAUCAUCUGCUUCUUCGGGCUUUCCAUUUUUCGCUUCAUCCAGCAGAUCCAGAAGAGCUGCAUCCCUCUGAACUGGCCUGUUGUUGGGAUGCUCCCCUUCAUCGUAGUGAGUAGGCACUGCAUUCAUGACAAGGUCAUGGGUCUGCUACGCGAGGCAGGGUGCACAUUCUUCUUCUUUGGCCCAUGGUUGCUGGACAUGAACUUCCUGAUCACCUGUGAUCCAGCCACAGUCAACCACUGUCUCAAUACCCACUUCGAGAAGUACCCAAAAGGCAGAGAGUUUGCUGAGAUGUUUGACAUUCUAGGCGAUGGUCUCCUUGUGGCAGAUUCUGAAUCCUGGGAAUAUCAGCGCCGUGUAGCAACAACUAUCUUUGGUAGCCGUGCCUUUCGAUCCUUUGUGAUGUCCACAAUCACAAGAAAGGUCGGCAAUGUCUUGCUACCUUACCUUGACCACAUGGCCAAGCAUGGUUCAGAGAUUGAGCUGGAGGAUGUCUUCAUGAGGCUCUCGCUCGAUAUCUCAUACUGUACAGUUUUUACAACUGACCUUGGCUGCUUAUCAGUGUCUUCUCCCAUGCCUGUGUUUGGCUGUGCCACAAAGGAAGCAGAAGAGGCAAUGCUGUUCAGACACAUGGUACCGUCAAAGCUGUGGAAGCUCAUGAGGUGGCUCAAUGUUGGGACAGAGAAGAAGCUUGCUGAUGCAAAGGUAGUGAUCAAUCAGUUCAUCUACGAGGAGAUUGCCAAACGGAAGGCACAGGGGAGCAAUGGAAGCCCAGCAGAUAUACUCUCCAUGUACAUGAAAGUGACCUUGGAUCCCAGCAUGAGCGAGCAGCAGAAGACAGACUUCCUCCGUGACACGGCUGCGGGGUUCAUCCUUGCUGGGAAAGACCUCAUUGCCGUCACGCUCACAUGGUUCUUCUACAUGAUGUGCAAGCACCCAAAGGUCGAGGCAAGGAUACUUGAGGAGCUCAAGGACCUGCAGAGCAGUAGCUGGCCUGGGGACUUCUCUGUCUUUGAGUGUGACGCACUCAGGUCUGCCGUUUACCUCCAGGCUGCCCUCCUCGAGACACUUAGGCUUUUCCCGGCAACACCAUUUGAGGAGAAGGAGGCCCAUGUUGAUGACAUCCUACCAGAUGGCACCAAGGUGACAAAGGGCACAAGGAUCGUCUUUUCACUCUACGCCAUGGGGAGAAUAGAAGGGAUAUGGGGCAAGGACUGCAUGGAGUUCAGGCCAGAGCGGUGGGUGUCCAAGAGUGGCCGCAUCCGGCACGAGCCAAGCUACAAGUUCAUGUCCUUCAACUCCGGGCCCAGGAGCUGCAUCGGCAAGGACGUAAGCCUCAGCAACAUGAAGAUCACGGCUGCAUCCAUCAUAUACAACUUCAAGGUCGAGCUGGUCAAAGGGCAUGAAGUAAUGCCGCAGAGCUCUGUCAUACUCCACACUCAGAACGGAAUGAUGGUUAGUCUCAAGAGAAGGGUGGCAGGUUGAUGUCUGUUAUCACUUACACGGUUAACCCACUUAUGCACAUGUAGACAUGAAACCAUAUAUCUGGAGUUAUUAGAAUUUGAGCUUGUGUGAUAUGAACAUAUAUACAAUGGUGGUGAAUGCUUUUAUUCUGAUAUAGGAGCAAAAAGUAUGGUAA